GCUUGGAGCAACAAAUUGAGCAGGGAUGGCGGACAAGCGGAAGAAUGGCGCUGAUGCCACCGUUGUUGCGGAACUGCUAUCUUCAGAUGACGAAAUGAACGAGACAAAUCUACGGAAGCGUCUUCGUCUUGCGGCCAAACCACAAGCUAACACUCGGCAUGAGAACGAAGUUGUCCCGCCUUCACCUGAGAGCAUUUAUGGAGACAACGACCCUACCGUGUUGGAGCGGCACUCAAAACCUCCACAAUCAGGGAUGUUGUCACGACCGCGUCGUUCGGUUCGUGAUGCCAAGUUCGCAUCGACGAUUACUUCAGCGGAACCACGUGCUGCUCCACGGCCAGUGGGCAAAGCACAGCAGGUGCAGCUCAAGCUAUUGGACUACGAUGCAUUUUUGAAACAGCAUGGCAUCGAGGAGAAAAAAUACCCGGCACGACAUGGCGGCCGUCGGUCAACUCGAACGAAGAUACCCAAACGAUCAUAUUCGAGCGAUGACGUCGAAGAUAACGAGGACGACGACGACGAAGCGGCCGACACAGGAACAUCUUCUGACGAAGAGGAAGACAGACCCAAAGUGGCUAAGGGCUCGAGAUCAUCUGCACGCAAACCACCAGCAAAGAAACAGGCCACAGCGUCGUUCAAGACUACGCAGCGGCGCUCUGCAAAGGGCAAGCAACAGAGCAGUUCAAACUCGAGCGACACAGACGACUUUGCUGCCGAGGUGGCGUUACGAGGCAAGAAGAAGCCACCGCCCAAGAACAAAACAGGCGGACCCCAUGGCAAGGCCAAAGUUAACAAGAAGACGUUGUCGAGCAACGACAGCAACGAUUCGAGCAAUGAUAGCGGGGCGAAGGCGUUCACGAAAACGCGCAAAAAAUCAAAGCGCGCCGAGUCCAGCGAUGACAGUGACGAGAUGUUCCGGAAGUUGCCAGCAGACGACGACGACGACGAUGGCGGCGACGACAAUUUCAUCAUCGACAAAGUCUUGGCAAAGGAAACCCACACAGCGGCCGAGUGGGCGAAAAAGUGCCACAACAUGCACACACACUAUGUGUCCUUGGGAUCCAUCUUCGUUGACGACGACGAAGACGUAGCUCCAUCAGAAGCCCCUGCCAAGGACAGUUCUGCCGACGGUGCGCUCCUCGAAGACGACGCGGACAACCCCGUCGACGACAAAGGAAUCGACAAGUUCUUGAUCAAGUGGCGCAAUCUGUCGUACUUGCAUGUGACGUGGGAGACAGAAGCGGCGCUCGUCGAGUACGAGAAGAAUGCCAAGGGCAAGAUCCAGCGCUUUCUCGACCGAUCGGCCAAGCAGCUCUUGAUGGAAGAGUCCCAGGGGGAUGAGUACUUUAACCCGGAGUUUUGCACGGUGGAUCGCAUCCUGACGAUCCAGCCGACGGACGUGCCGGACGGCAAGGGCGGGUUCCAGAUGGAGUACUACGUCAAGUGGAAGGCGCUCCCGUACGACGAAUGCACGUGGGAGCAGGAAGUCGACGUCCACGAUGACGCGGCCGUGCAGCUUUAUUACGACUACAACAAGCCGCCACCGUCGCCGGCCGCGGCCCCGGCCAAGCGCAAAACGGCGCAGUUUCGACCGUACAACAACGAGAACCCGUUGAAAUUCAAAACGGACGGUCUCCAACUCCGCGACUACCAAGUCGAAGGCGUGAAUUGGAUGAUCUUCAACUGGUACAACCAUCGCAACUCGCUCCUGGCCGAUGAAAUGGGGCUCGGCAAAACAGUCCAGACCGUAACGUUCAUCAAUCACUUGGCCACCAAGGAAAACCUCCGCGGCCCGUACUUGAUCAUCGCGCCGUUGUCGACGCUGUCGCACUGGCAGCGCGAGUUUACUGGAUGGACAAACUUGAAUGCGAUCAUUUAUCACGGGAGCCAGGAAGCACGCAAGAUCAUCGAGAGUUACGAGUUUUACCGCCCGACGGCGACGUCCCAUGGCGCCAAGUCGGCCAAAGACACGCCUCGCUACAGGUUUGACGUCCUUAUCACGACGUUUGAAAUGUGCACUGCCAACGACUACCUGACGCUGGCGCGAAUCCAGUGGCAACUCGCCGUCGUCGACGAAGCGCAUCGGUUGAAAAACAAAAAGUCGAAAUUGUCGUCGGUCCUCCAAGACCGGUACCAGUACGACAACUUGCUCCUCCUCACGGGCACGCCGCUCCAAAACAACGUCGAGGAGCUGUGGACGUUGCUGCAUUUUCUCGACGCCGAGAAAUUUCAGUCUGUGACGGCCUUUAGCGAGAGGUUUGGCGAUUUAAAAGAUUCUGCCCAAGUCGAAAAUCUCCACACGGAGCUCAAGCCAUUUUUGCUGCGGCGGAUGAAAGAAGACGUGGAAAAGUCGUUGGCACCCAAGGAAGAAACGAUCAUUGAAGUCGAACUGACCGUGUUCCAAAAGCAGUACUACCGCGCCAUUUACGAAAAAAACUCGGAGUUUCUUGCGCGCGGCGGCAAGAAAGCGCACGCGCCAAGCUUGAUGAAUGUCGUGAUGGAGUUGCGCAAGUGCUGCAACCAUCCAUUUUUGAUCCAGGGCGCAGAAGAGCGCGAGAUCAUGCGGCUGCACAAGGAACAGCCGCGGAAUUUGGCGGCAAGUGCCCGCCGGGAAGCCGUGCACAAGCAGCUGAACGAGUUGCUCGUGACGUCGUGUGGGAAACUCGUUUUGCUCGACAAAUUACUGCCUCGAUUGCGCGAAGGCGGCCACCGCGUUUUAAUUUUUUCGCAGUUCAAGAUCAUGCUCAACAUCCUGGAAGACUAUCUGCGCAUGCGGGGGUAUCCGCGCGAGCGCAUCGACGGGAGCAUCACAGGCAACGACCGUCAAGCCGCGAUCGAUCGGUACUGCGACCCGCAACGCGACAGCUUUGUCAUGCUGCUGAGCACACGCGCCGGUGGCGUCGGGAUCAACUUGACGGCCGCCGACACAUGCAUCAUUUACGACAGUGACUGGAACCCUCAAAACGACUUGCAGGCGCAGGCGCGGUGCCAUCGCAUUGGGCAAGACAAAAGCGUCAAAGUGUAUCGGCUCUUGACGUCGAAAACGUAUGAACUCCACAUGUUUCACCAGGCAUCGAUGAAGCUCGGGCUGGACCAAGCCGUCUUGGGUGGCAUUCGUCAGGUCCACUCGGCCGCCAAAGGGCCGUCCAAGGAAGAGAUCGAGAACCUGCUCAAGUACGGCGCGUACGAGAUGUUCAAGGAGGACGACGCGGAAGCAGCGAGCAAAAAAUUCAACGAAGAAUCCGUCGACGAGAUCCUGAAGCGCAGUAAAACGGUGAUCCACGACCCGAAGAAAGUCGCGGAUGCGAGUGCGGCGGCCGCGUUUGGCUCGUCUUUCUCGAAAGCGACCUUUGUGAGCUCGGAAAACCCUGCCGAACAAGUUGCGUUGGACGACCCCGACUUUUGGAUCAAAGUGAUCGGGCUUACGGGCGUUCAGGAGCCCACUGCCAAGAACAAAACCCCCGAGAAACGCCGGUGCCGGGGACGCAAAACGUACGAAGAAAUCGGGAGCGACGACGAGCGUCACGACGCUGAUGCCGAGUACAAGUUGGAAGAAGCGUCGGAAAGCUCGUCGAGCGACGACGACGGUGAUCCAGACGUCGCCAUCGUCAAGACGCUCACGCCCGCGUUUUCGAAUGUCCACAGAUUCCAUCAAAAUUUUGUGACGGCAUUGCUGUCGUACGGCUAUGGACGGUGGACCAAGAUCCGCAUGUCCGACCCGAUAUUAACCAACUUUUCCGUCGUCAAGAUCAAAGAUUACGCGAUGGGAUUCCUCGUCCAGAUGAUCCGCGUUGCGGUGAUGGAUCCGACGACGAUGGCGCCCCCCGCGGACGCGACCGCAGCCGCGGUCCAGCAAAAGAACAUCGAAGCCGGUAUGACCAAGCUCGCGCUGAAGUACAAAUUCGUCGUGUACUGGCUGCACGUGCUGCACCGAGAAGAAACUCCGGCGUCGACGUCGCGCGAGUUGUUUAGCUUGCAUAAGAUUCCAGUCCAAGAGGAACUCACGCGGUUGAAUGUUGUCGCAUCCCUUGCCAAGACUGCAACCAAGUAUUUACAAUUGCUCGAAAGCUUGUUUAUCUUGGAUCAGUUUAUUGCAAAGCGACUGUCGCCGAUGCUGGAAGUGAUGGCCGUCGUGAACAUGCCGUACGAAUCUGCUGAUGUAGCUACUGGCGCGGCGGACGUAUCGACCACGGGCGAUGGCAAUGUGGGCUUGCCAGAAGGGCCACCCCGACCAGAUAAUGACGCGGACGCGGUCACAGACUCAAAAGAUGCUGCAGUCGGCGGAGUAGCAGUGUCCAUGACUACUACGUCAACAGAUUCAGAAGUCAAGUCUAUCACGGCCGCAGAAGAGACUGAAGCUGCCGCUGCCACGACAGCGGAUGAAAACAAUUUACAAGGAGAAAAUGUCGAGACCAACGGUUCUGUCGACGCGACCGCCGAAGUGUUGGCGCAGUCAACGUCGGCCACGUCAUCUCUGCCAAAGCAAAUGGUCCAGCCCGAAGUCACAGCCAAGUGGACCCACUACCUGGGCGCGCUGUAUAAAUUGCCAGCCAUUCCCGUCGUUGGGUGGUGGAGCAGUCCUCAAGACGACAUCCGAUUGCUGUAUUGUGUCCACCGAUACGGAUGGCUGCGCGGGUCCAAGUCGCAAUUCCAACAAAUCCGAUCGGACCGACUUUUGUUCCCUCCCACGCAUCCUGGUAGCAAGGACGAUGCCCCGUGGCCGUCCAUUGGCACACUGAACCGACGGCUGAAAGCUAUCCUACGAUAUUGGGCCGAAAAAUCGAUCUCGUCCGUGUGGUCGUCGCCUGCAAUCAAGCAGGCGCCACCCGCCACGACCACGUCGAGUGCUGCGAUGCGUGCUGCAUAUUCCGCGACGGGAACAAUCCCGCCAUCCGCUCGAACGACGGCGGCGUCGACACCUGGUCCGCCACCAAAUCGAUCCUCCACAAGUGGGAAAACACCGAGCCAGGUGUAUCUGCAGCAAAUGUGGGAACGCCGGACCCGUUUCAUGGGCCUUGUCAUGUCCCAUGGCGUUCCUGACGUCCGCCUGUGCUCGAACGCCAAGGAGGAGCACGAGAAGUGGCGGUAUUUUCUAUUUGAUCCAGUCCUGCGCGCCAAACACUUCUCGCCGCAAGAGCUACUCGCCGAAGCGACCAGUCUUGAAGAAGUUUGUCGGAGCUACCUGAAGAACGUAAAACCACUCAAGUCAACAGAACGAUCUGUCUUUGGCGCAUAUCGCCACGACUGGGUGGUCACGGAAGACCAGGCACGGGGAAUUCUGUACCGAAUCGAGCUGUUUGCGUUGCUGCGGCGCGACGUUUUGAUCAUGCGCCCCGCCGAUCUGUACACGACAAUGGUGCAUGUCGUCCGCGAUGUCCAUCAAGUCCUUUCCGUGCCGUCGUGGUGGAAGAGCCCCGAGUGCGACAUCCUGCUCAUGCAGGGCGUCGAGUGCUUCGGGUUGGACGACAACGUCAAGGAUAUGUGGGAAUUGGACUUGUUUCGGUCGCUCAACCCGACAGGACUCUUUCCAAGCGUGUCGUGGGUCGACAGCACCGUCAUGGCGUGUGCGAGGGGUGUGGUGCGGGCGCGACGGGCAGCUGAGGCGGCGCUGCAUGAACAGCAUCGUCAGCAACGGGAAGCGGCAGAAUUGCACGCAAUGGCCGAGCGAGAGGCCAGUCGUGUGCAGGGCGAGCCGAACAACCUGCCGUCGCAAACGGUUGCUGCUCUCUUGGUCAACGAGGCGGACGUAAGGGACCAAGAGAUGGCUGCGAUGGCGCAGGAAGACCCGCAUUGCAGCUCAAAGGCAUUUAUGUGGUAUUUGCUCCAGAAACGAGAAGCGGAACUCAAGGCGCAUCGCAACAAGGCCCAGUAUCGAUAUCAACGGGACCUCGUCCAACGGCAAAUCGAACAGGAGCGCCAGUUCCGAGAACGCGAACUUGCCCGGCGCGUCGGGUUAGGCCCAAGCACCAGAGUGCCGGAAAUCAUCGAGAUCGAUGACAGCGAUUAGUGAAUCGAAUGGUGUGUUGUGCGGUGCUCGAUCCAACAAAUUCCCUCGAGCACAAGUCGUUCAUUCUGAAGUGCAUGCGACCACGCGAGUCUCACCC